AUACGUUAAUUAUUCUACUGUCUGUCGGUGGAUCAAUCUGCUUCAUACUGGCUGUAGUGAUUAUACUGUUUAUUAUCAAGAUGAUUUGCCUUAAAAGAUCAAACUUCGACCUCAAGUCUUCCGAAAGUUCUUUUGAAACAAAAGGAUGGGACCACCAGAAAGCCGUUCGUCUGUUUGGGGCGUCUUCAAGCUGGCAACAACAAGCUUUAAAUUAUCAGCUACCGUCACCUGGUCGUGAAACUAUUCCUAGAAUAAGUUUAUCAACAUAUUCCAUCAAUAAGGAAAGUACACCAUAUAGAUCUACACCAGAUAAAGCUAGACAACAUCUUGAUUCGGAGGAAUUUGCUGCUGCGAAUGAUAUAUUAAUAAAGAGUUAUAUAUCUAAUAGGGAUGAUAUGUCUAGUCAUCUUUCCAGCAAAAUUGUAGAAUCACCAAAUUAAUACAUCAACAAGACGACAGCUUAAAGGCCCAUUUUGUGCGCCAGGAAUUUUCUCAGAAGCUUUUGUGUAUUGUUAUAUAAUUUCCAAAACAUAACUCAUUGCAAUUGGCCAAUUACCUUAAACAGCUUUAUCUUCUAGGACUUAUGGCCCUUAGUGCAAUUAAAUAGUGAUAUAGUACUUUGUAUGGAAGUCAAAAUAUGACUUUUUCUACAUUAUGCAAAUUUGAUAACAAAUAAUGUUAC